AUGCUCCCCUGGAAGUUAAAAAACCCAAGAGUUAGGUGCACUGAGGAGAAGGAAGAGGCCUCUGUCCCUGAUCUAUUGAGACACCAGAAGAUUUGCAAAGUGGCUAAAUCCAGGGCCAUGAAGGCAUCCAAGAAGGAGAAUUUAAGUGAUGGAAACCAGGCAAAAUGGCAGAAACGCACCCUGAAAUACACCAAAGACCUCCAGAAGGAAUCCUACCACAGCAAGGAGGAUGUUGUGAGCUGUCAGUUGGCCAAGUGCUUUUUUGAUACCCUAAAAGGGGAAGUGGUUGGUGAACCGGCCCUGCCUUUGAACAGCAAGGAAAACUUGUCAGAAAGAACCCCUGUUUCUCUGGGGGGUGAGUGCUGCGUGACACCUGGUGGGGGCACAGCGGAAGAGAAAUCCGAUUGUGGAAUAUCGGAGAAACAGAGGAACAAACCUGUUGACUUUGCAACUGUAGCGAUUGCUGAACUUGGGAUUACUCAAGGAAGUUUUACUAAACAGUGUCUAGGGAAAUCUCCAGCUUCAUUGAAAUACAGACGAAGAUCAGCAAUUGGGGUACGGGGGUCACCAGAAAAUAACACCCUUAUUCAAUACCUUGCCCAGCAGAGGAGCAACAGGCAAAAAGAAGCUUUUAAAGAGCAGGUUAGUCCUUUUAAACGUGAAAACGUCCGGCCGUUGAGGGACAAGAUAGAUGCCUUUCACAAGUCUCUCAAAUCCGUACAAGAAGCUGACGCGGGGACCGGCUUCUCUUGCCUGCUGCGGGUGGAUGGCGCUUCCCAGGAAGGAGGCUGUUCUCAGAACAAGGUACCUUUCACAGAAGAGCGGAGCUUGGGUCAGUGGAGUGAAAAGUUCAUGUCCGACAACAGCGAGGCUGAUUCAAGACGCAGUUGGACCAGCAGCAGCAAGUCUGAUACCAGAACCUGCAGCAUCCUGUCCUUGUGCCAAGACGUGACUCUCGCCGAACCUCCUGCUGCUCUUUCUAAGGAAUGGGUUUAUGAGCAACACAGUCCAAUUGAGUCAUUGGAGUCUGUUCUAAUUACAGAAACAGGCCAUGGUUUCCGUUCUGCUCACAUCCCUGAAGAUGGUAGGCGUAAUGUCACGCCGGAUCUCAGCAGGAGGAGGGCGAGUUUUGCAGAAGAAUGGCAGCUGGACGCGGUUGAGGAGAGCAACGCACCCGUCGUGCCCCCUGGCACGCCACAGCCAACAGGAGCCGUUUCGUGGGAUGAAUGGACCGGGAGCAGCUCUCAUCUGCGGUCCAUAUUGAAGAAAACGCCGACCAAGCAACUAAAGGGUAGCACGGAGGAUUACCCGAGUGAUGCAGUUGACAGAGAGGAAGGUGACUCUCUCGCAGUCUCCAGUUGUGCAGAAUUCCUUGAACCAUCGCAAACAGAGGAGACUGAAAGACCUAGCCCUGAAAUGUCAAAGAAGAAAAAAGUUACUUUUGGAGGAGCUCUGAGCCCAGAAAUAUUUGACGAAACUUUACCUGCAAACACUCCGUUGCGCAGGGGCGCGACACCGCUCCGUCAGCUGGGGUUACAAAGCAGUAGCCCCUCGGUGAGGUCCAGUCCCACCAAAGAACCGUUAUCCCAGCCCAACUUUGAUUGCAGUGAUGAAAGUAUUGAGCCUCCUCCAGAGUUAGUGGAGGAUCCUCUUGCUGCGGAAGACCUCUUACCUGUUGAAAAUGCAGAAGCAGAAGCUGACAAAUCUGAUACGAUAAAAACUCGGUCUGCUAAAAGGAAGUGUAGCACCACUGCAGAGGGGACUGAUUUUAGCAACUCAAGAGCCACAAAUACUAAGAAUACUAAAAGUACUAAAAAUCCAAGAAAGAACGAGAUUCAAAGACAGAAGAAUAUCACCACGUCUGCCACCAAGAAGACUCAAAAAGUAAAGCAUACAAGCUAUGGGAAAAGAAGAAAGAAAAAGGUAAAAAAAUCCCUAUAUGGGGAAAGGGAGAUUGCUUCUAAGAAACCUCUUCUCAGCCCUAUCCCUGAAAGUCCAGAGGUUUUCUCUUCAACUCCGAAUGAACCAAAGGCAAAUGCACUUCUUUUAGAGGAUGUAUUUUUAGGUGAUGCCAAAUCUGGGAAUGCUUGCCAGGAUGUCCAACAGAGGGCAGUGGUUGAAGGGCGGAGAGGGACGAACACGUGUGCAGUUCGGGCGCAUUCAGGCUGUGAGGACGUGGAGGUUGGAGAAGCCAGCAGCUCCAGUGAUGCUGGGUGUCGGGUGCCCUGUGGCCAUCUGCAGUCUGUUUCUGGCAGUGAUCAUGAGUUUUCAGACAACGUGCCAGAUGCAAAGCGUGGUUUUGAUACACCUGACUGUUCCCAACAAGGUGGAGAGACCACGUGUGUAGAAGAGGCACAAGAACAUGGUUCCUUGGCAGAAAAUGAGAAACUGCAAGAUCUCCUGAACAAGGGAGAGCAGCUAACCAGGCUGGAAUUUCUGGAACAGCAGGACACUGAUGUACAUGAGGGUGCCCAAAGAACUGGGUGUCCACACAAAGAUUUUGUAAGAGGCAGUUCACCCAGGACAAGGAGUAGUAGUGCCAUCUAUUUUCCUCCUGUUGAAAGAUUGGAAAUGACAGGAAACGAUCUUCCAGUUUCUUAUUUUAAUGUGGAAGAAAUCUUGUCUGUCACUCCGGUAAAGAAUGACUCCUUGGAGCCUUUUAGAAGAAAGAGGGGUGACAGUGGAGAGAGAAGGGUGAGGCGCAGCAUGAGAUUACAUAAAGAUGCCGAAAGAGAAGGACUUGCUUGGAUUCAAGUACCCGAUGAGAUUCAGAAGGCCCCUCCCCUGCUCGCUCCUGCUUGCAGAAGCAGGAGAACAAUCGGCGCAUCCAUCCUUAGAGAAUCCGAGAGAGAACAAAACCUUGUCCAGCCCUCAGCAGCGGGGAGGGAGAGCAAUGACUCCAGUCUUGCCGAUGGGCCUUGCGAAAGGUGGAGGAGGAAAAGCGUGUGUGCAUCCGUGCCUCGAGACAGCAGAACUUGGUCUCGAACACAGAAAAGGAGCAUAACAAGUUCUGGCUACAGGAAGGACAGAAGUGACCAAAAACACUAUGAAGAAGAGGAAAUACCUCUUGAAAAUAACAUUUAG